UUCCUACUCAACAAUAUAACUGUUAUAUAACACGCAUGUUAUAUAACAGUUAUAUUGUUGAGUAGGAAAUUACAACUAACAUGUACGUUACAUGUAACAUUGUGUUUGCUGGGGCUGUACGUAAGAAAGCGCGCGAAGAGAAAUUCAAAAAAGAAAUUUUAUCAACACGAUCUCAAUAAGCACUUUCUCAGAUGAAUAGACCCCCUUAUCAGCCCUCGUAAAAAUGACAAAAGAACGAGGCAAGAUACGAUCGCUUAAAGAUAAAAAAGAGAAACAAACAAACUACAGUCAGCGAUAAUAGUGGCUUAACUUGCGAUCGAUUAUCGCCGGGAUACUACUGCUCUAGGCUCGGGAACAGCAGAAGUUUUCGUUGUGCCCUGGAAUUGGAAUCAAUCGAGGUUUGCGUGGGUGCGCUUGUCCGUGGGUGUUCAUACGACAACGUGCCUUUGGGGGAGACAUUAACCUACCCUACCUCCAGGUUCGGCGCACUUGGCGAGAUGCUCACGUCACAUUACUUGUGAUUCAGCUGAAAGGUUUAUAUCUAACUCAAAAUUCAAAUCUGACAUGAGGUAAUCUCACAUGAGGUAAGCGUUAAGUAACAAUUACUAAUAUGGCUCUAUAUUAAUACGUGUUUAAAUCCUAUAACCCAUUUAAGAUCGUUCAUCCAUGAAUUGCUUAAAAACGUCGCAAUUACAGGAAAGAAAUUACGUAAGGACGAAUCUCUCUAUCUUGACUGUACGGACUGAAGAGAUUACUUCCGACGAGAAGAAGCGGAGGUGCGGGUCGUGAAAAAUACCAGACGACGAGCGGAGAUUUAUUUUCGCGUUCCCGAUUUAUUUCCCCCGGCGGGGAAUAAUUUUGCAAGAUACGGCGAGGCGUAGAAGGGGUGCGAUAAUAAAUCAUAGACACGGGCUAGUUUCGGUAGCAACAGAAAAACCAAGAGAGAAGCGAAACUUUCCGCUUCCACCUGAUCAUUUGCACACCCCCGUGAUACGGAACCGCGGGGUAAAAUCGCAGCGCACAUAUCCGACGCACGUAACGUGAAUGAACAGUCCUGUCCUCUACGACGACGACGGCGAGAACCACGACGACGCCGACGCCGACGUCACCGACAGGGAAUCGUGCCUUUUCCACGUUGUAUGGAGUGGCGGCCGCGUAGUAGCGCAUGCUGAAAGCCCCGCUAUCGAUCGAUCCGCGCCCCCGAGCUUUCUCUCGCUUCUCCUCACAAGCCUCGCGAACGUCGCCACCGAGCGUAACCGUCCCGUACGAGCGGAAAACGUACCGGAUCGGCUGCGAUUUUAUUUCCGCGUACGACUUUUCGUGUCCUCGUUCUUUCGCGUCCAUCAGCCGUCGAGAGUGAAUCAGCAGGCGAACAACAGCAACAGCAAGAACGGUAGCGGUAGCGGAAGCGACUACGCCAUGGCACAUCGCGGUGAAUGCUUCAAGGCGAUUUUCCUAUUGUGGUGCGUCUUGAGCACAGCGUUUAGCGUUCCCUUUCCUACAUCGAUGCCGCGACAACAAGACGAGCAACGUUACACCACACGGAAGAUGGGGAAAGUCUAUGUGGAGAUGCCUACUUCAAGGACGAGGCCGCCCCUGUCGAUAGUCAAUUCCGAACUUAAAACGACCACGACCAUGCCCUCGACAACGCCGAGACCGUUCUUCACGGAGCUGCCAUUGUAUCGACUGGACCGUAGCAACGGCCAAGCCUGUAUUCUCCUUCAAGUGGACGCACUCAUCACCGUCAAGUAUCACACGUUGUUUGACAACGAACAAGAGGCGGAUAUCUAUGUACCUGACGACGCGACCGUGACCGGCAAUUGCGACAACGAGAAUACGGUGACGAUGUCGUUGAAGUGGAAGGCCUUUGUGUUAUCUUGGAGUUUCGCUAAGACGCCGGGUGGCGAGCGCUGGUACGUCGAGAAAAUCGAAUUGACCUACAACUCCAGCGACAAGCACUUCGAGCAUAUUGAUCAACCAAACAAGACCAUUCGCCUGAGCACCGGUCAGAAGCACAGUUCCAUGCUGUUUCCCACGCCGGUUGGAAAGUCGUACUCUUGCCCCGGUGAAACUGAGAUCCCGCUGACGGACGGCAAGAACCACGCAAGCGUGCUGCUCAGAGACAUGAAGCUGCAGCCGUUCAAGUUCAAGAACAACGAGUUCGCCGCCGAGUUUUCGUGCACUUCGUUGAGCGCUCGUGCCGGCAGAGACGAAACCGCACCUGUGGCAGUCGGCUCCACAUUGGCUGCUGCGGUCCUCUUAACAAUCACCGGCUACGCGGCCUAUCGAUACUUCAAAGUGAAGAAGGUUAAAUACGAUACCAUGGAGUAAAAGAGGCAAAGUCAUUGUCACGACGAUGCCAAAAACCACGUCGCCAAAAAAAGAUAAGAAAAACAUGAGACAAAAACUGACCUCGUUCACGAAUAGGGCUCGUAGUAUUUUCCUUCCGACACUUCGCGUUAGUCACCCUGCGAAAGCGAGAGUCUCGUCGCUUCACACGUCGGGCAUUUCUUUUCCAUCGAACAUACGAACGCAACGGAAUCGGCGGAUUUCCAAUUACUCGUAUCAGGACGGACACACGUGUGAUUAUCCAUGAGAGAUACUUGGCAUCGACUAAACGGUUGAGUUACACGAAAUCAGGCGAUGUUUAGAAUAGGCUACGUGUUCCGUCAGGCGAGGUAUCAUUCUAGCAUCGUAGGUAGAUACACAUAUCUGAAUACAUAUCUGAGAGAUUCUAUCAUAAAUAUACAUUUACGAACGAUGCACUCUUAAGAGGUCUGCAGUGAUUCGUUUGCGCGGGUAGUACCGGGGUCGGGGUGUACCUGAAUGCUUCAGUCACUUUGAAAGAUAGUCUUCUGAACAAGGCUUACAAAGGCAAUACCGAUGACUGACAUCGUGAUUUCCGUCGUCCCGUGAUGAAUUUCGGUUGUUACUUUGAACUCGACGCUCUUGUAAAAUUUUAAUGACAAUUACAUAUCUCCGGACAUUACUUGUACGCGUAGGUUGUCAUCUCAUUCUCGUGUAAGAUUGUUGGUUGUCCGUAAAACUAGGACAGGCAGAAUCGUCUUGAUACUCGUAAUGCUCACCGCAAACGUCGUUUGUCGUUUUUGUAAUUAGAAAACCGUCACUAACCGCGUACUAAUACAUAAUGAUAAAUACAGUGAACUAGAUGUCAUCGAUUCAUGUCGUGAGUGUUAUCGUCGAGCAUGAAAGUGGCAGCGACGGUGUAUGACGGAACUUCGCCACUAAUAUACGCGCGACACGUCUGUCAAUUGUGCACGCUGAACGUCAACAAUACACAUUCGUUCGUUCGUUCGUUCGCAAUUUAGGGCAUCUCGUACAACUAUUGCGGAACCCUGGAUUCAUGACGCCAGUAGCAAAAAAACACAUACAGCCUACCAUUUUUGUAAGGUAAGAAGAUAUUUGUACGAAAGAACACUUUAGAUUGUUCAAACAUACUCGUAAAAUGCUGUGAAAACUACUUUUUUUCCUUGGCAGUCGUUAAAAUAGCCGCAAAAUUAACGUGACAUGUAACCUUGCUCCUUAAUCUGUCUUUUCUCAUGAUCUUGUCGCGUUAAUUUUAAGACUGUCUACCGCGACUGUCAAGGAAAAGUGUAAUUUUCGAGGUAUUUUACGAGUAUGUUCCUGAAGUGUUCUUUCAUUUAAAUAUCUUCUUAUUUGAAAAUGACACGCAAGAAUUCUUGACGUGCGUUUUCUCCCUAGUGACGUCAUCAGUCCAGGGUUUCGCAGCAGUGAGACCAGUAGCGGGAUUCUAUAACUCAUUAUUGGAGUUAACGACAGUUUCGUUAUCGUUGUGCAGCUUUCCUACGGUAUACAAAAGCUGCGUAACGAUAACGAAACUGUCGUUAACUCCAAUAACGAAAUACAGAAUCCCAGCACUGGGGUCUUAAUGGAAACGACAUCGUCGUAAUCGCAAACUCGGAUGGUUGUAUCGAUAGGCUCUCCAAUUCAUAGAUUACGGUCCACGCGUCGUCAUAUACGCGAUCACCGGAGGCAGGAGAACAUUUUCAACUUGUUACUCGUGUAUUACGCGGUAGCAAGGAUUGCAUUGAUUACGAGGUCCUUGGAUUUUGCAUAAUUUUCUAGGAUACAUGAGAGAUCCAUCUUUUAACGUCUCGCGAAAUGUUUUGCAUCACGCGAACAUACGAUUAGAAUUAAGUUGUCCUUUCUUGAACGUAACUUUGGGGGGUGUAGUCAAUCGUGUGUAGACUUUUUCUCCUCAAAAAAAUAUCAUAUCCUUUCGCGAACAUCGCACCUGUGGCGGUACAGCCACAUCGAUCAAUAUAAUCCAUAUCGAAAAUUUCGAAUGAGGCUCUAAACACGCCUCGGAAACGCAGUCCUUCUUGGCAGCUAAAGAUUAGACGCAUAAUUAACGGGAGGCUAGGUGUAAUUGACGAGCGCGUAUGUAAGGUGUUGAUAACAUUUUGAUGAUGACGCCUUAUAAUUACUUGUACAUAGCGGUCGAGCUAUAAUUUACCAACAGGUCGUUCACGAUUUUUUACCACCGAUUCAUUCGUUUGCUCGACUAUACUUUACUCUUUAUAUAGCGUUUAGCCUCGUAUAAGCUCUCGAUUUGCGAAAUCUAUUUAAGUCUAAGGUACUUAGCCUGUAAAUAUAGAAUUAAAUCAGUUAAUGUCGUGCGUUUGUGUCUUAGGUGGAAAUGAAUUGUGAUCCGAAUUAGUUCGCGAUUCCUUCUCAGGUAUCAUUCGCUUGAUUUCACGGUGGUAUACGAUCGGGAAAUCGCGUAACUACGUAUGUAUCUCUUUCGAGUCUGUUUCUCUCAAAUCUUCUUCGGAAUAUUUCCAUUAAUAUAUCGAUUUCAAAGCUACUGCACAACUGGACUCCGUAAUGAGAGUGACGUUGCGUGCACGCCACGGUGAAACGGUUGUUUCGUUGAAAUUAUUAUUCUACGUGUGGUGUUGCGCGAUAUAUUGUGCAAGUACAUGAGUGAUGAGACACGUAUAUCAAGAUAGAAAGGCUUUUAAGAGCCGUCGUUUCAUGUCAGUCACGAUAAUUUAAACUUACAGCGGAAGAAUGCAAUUGUUCGAACGUGUAACGUACGUUUCGCUUCUCCCGGACUUUUUAUGUAUGCGGAGUUUCUAAUUUAAUACGAAUAUCAAAUCAAUCCAGUAUAUACUGGACACAAUUUUUUAAUAUUACAUAUUCUUUUCUACAUACUUCUUUCUCGAAUCUCUUAAAUCAAAGCUGUUGUUAGUGUUGCGAAAAAUACUGCUUCAGACAGUCGAAUUUGGAUUUCCCGAACUUGCCUCGACAGUAUUCGCAACAGCUCUCACUGUUAGGUUAAACAAUCGUGACAUGUGAUGGCUUUCUUGAUAUAUGGUUGAAUACCAAAAGAGCCGACAUAAAUAUUUCGAACUCAUUACGUGUGUCACAAAUCAAAUUUAUAUCGCACGAAAAUGAUUUCACGAUUGGUGUUGGCACAACCACACGCGAGUUCCUUUCUGUUUUCUUCCUCCCGUUUUUCGCGGGAAAGUUCCACUUUUUCAUUCGAUACGAUACUUGAGACCUUUCGUAAAUAACUUCACGAGGCCUCGUGGACACGCGCUCGUUAGGAAUGUGUGAUUUGAUUAAUUUCGACGAGAUUUGUGAGGCGUGAUGAUAUUCCUUCACGGGCUCGCCGGAUCCGUGCAAACUUCUAUUCAAAUUCUGCUAUGGUAUUGCAUGGUUUGCUAUUUAAAUAAGGUGAAUAUCACACGGUGGUUUGAAACGAUAGUUCAUUUAUAUAUCCGGGAUAUAUAGCUGAUCGCUGGCGAUGGCGCGCGAUAAAUAAUAGUUACGAACAAGUUAUGGCGUACCUAAGUGUAUGAAGCGUACGUGUCUGCGCGUGUAUGUGUUUGAAAUUAUACACUCUCACGCGCUCACAUGUGGGCCGUAUAAAUAUAUACAUAAACUAUAUAUAUAGAUACAUAUACAAGGAGAAAAACCUACGUUAUAUCGAUAUAUGCAUAAUAUAUAAACCUCUGUCUUCCAAGUGCAUAUUAAAGUUACUUCAUGUGUAAAUAUAUGACAGAUAUUGUAUAUCGUAUUUCCAAGACGUAUCGUUAUUGUCGACUGGUAGAUGUGGCCGGCAGUGUUGUGCGAAUAUCGUGACGAUUUAUGAGAUCUAUAACUAAAUGAUUGAGAUUCUCAGCAAAUUCUUUGUUAUUACCUUCAAGAAAAAGCGAUUUGCACACGAUUCUCACGAUUGAGUAGCAGAGAUGGCAAACUUUACACGAAGGUGAACUGAUCUAUUUACGAGGCAACAGCAUUAUGUCUGUCUCUCAUUGUAUAAAAGAUUCCUGAGCGUGGAGCGGCUCAGUUUAUUACGGUUUUUUUUUUUCAAUUUGUUCUCUUCGCUAAGAAUUCCCUUCUUGGCGCAUCGUUCUCUGACACCUAAGCUGGAAGGAUCGAAUGAACGUCACGCAUGCUCGCGGUACCGUGAUACUAACACGAGAAAGGUCUAGCUGUAAUUACGAAAAUGUAUUUUUGUGCUAAAGUCAAUCUUAUAGGUAUUAACGGACAGUAGCAAUUAAGGGGACAAGACGGCGCAAUUCCGCGACUCUCGUCUCGCGUACUGUCAGUAGAUCGACGGCUGGAACGUUUUACGAUCUAGCCUCUAGAUGUUUUAAUUUUCUUUUCUUUUUCUUCAGAAAACUGUAAAAUGACGAUGAAAACGACGACGUAGCGCGGCGACGCGAAUCGCUGAAUUGCGGCGUUUCUAUUGUGGAAUGACGUCAAAUUAUGAAUCAUAUCGCUUGACCUAUAGCCGCAGCGUUAAGAAAGAGAUCUUGUAACAAUUAUUACUACAUCUCGCCUGAACCGAUAACGGGGAGAUGGAUUCUGAUUUAAAGUAAUAUAGUGGACAUACAUCUCCUAAACUUGUAUCAUAUCGAUAAAAUAAAGGCUGUUAUACAAGUUCA